AUGAUCGGUGCAAUGCCAGCGGUGGCAGUUCGCCACGAACGUAAACGACAAGAGAAAAGACUAAAACGUCCUAGUCAACUUUACCUAGGGGGCCAAUGGAUGCCACCGCCUCAAGGCUCGCCGCCAACCCCCAGCCCUCAUGGCCACAACAGCCACCUGGAGCCUUUACCCGAAUUGUAUCUUUGUGGCAAGAUAUCGGGGCUGCACGCGGUGGUGGUGUGCCUAUUGUUAGGCGCAGUGGUGCUGGUGGUUGGUCUAGUCCAACUUGCCCCGGGUGCGACGACCACCGACCAUCGACUCGCUCUACUCGUAGCGGGAACUAUUCUGCUUCUCCUAGGCAUCAUCCUAGCCGGUGUCAGAUGCUACGUGUUACACUGCGUGCCAUUACCAAGCGAGUCGCCCGUGGCAACCCCGCUUCCGCCGCCGGCUAACGACCAGGCCGGACUUCCGCGAGGCACGCUCGACCUUCUGGUGGGCCAUCAGAAUCAACCGGAGACCGACGCGCUGAUGCACACCGAGCACCACCAUCAACACCAUCAUCAUCACCAUCACCAUCAUCACGGCAAUCAUAAGAAGAAGCGUAGCUCUCAAGGCUCCCACUCCGACGAAGCCUAAUGAUCGACGUCAGAGAAACCGGCUAAUUAUAAUGGAUCCUGUUAAGUCGGUGAUGAAAGUACAUCCGCUGACAGUGAGAAACUCCAGGGAGAGACGUUCCAGACCAAAUUAGGAAGUGGAGGAAGGAGAAGAGGAGGGAAGAAAAGGAAAGAAAGAAAGGGAAAAUAGAGAGGAGGGAAACAGAGAGAAACGAAGAAAAGAAACAGAUGAAGAAAAGCGUAGAUUGAAGAUUUUGAGAGGAAAGUAAAACGGGGGGAACAAUCCUCCCUUCCCCCCCUCGUUGGAGACAGUCUGUACGUGUACAUUAUACUCGAUUCUUUUAUAUAUAUAUAUAUAUAUAUAUAAAAGUAUAUAUACAUAUACAAUACAUGCUAUAUGUAUGUACAUAUAUGUUCACAUACAUUUGUAUGUAAAUGUAUAUGCACGUAGAUAUAUACAUAUAUUAUCGGCAUGUAUAAUGCGUAACGUGUACUCAGCUUCGAGAAUCGCCGCUGAGGAAAGUGCACUUUUCUAUCUUGUAUAUGCUGGAUGUUCGAGCUUCAUCUGACACGCGAUAUCACUUUAUUGAUCUUUCUUGCCCUUACGUGAACGAAAUACGAGCUGUUUGGAGUAUUACCGCGAUCGCGGUGUCUCCGUGGCAAACGAUUCUUUCGGUCACUUGCCGAUGCAAAUUGCGAAAGCUUGAAGACUGCCAGCGCAAAGCGAGAGGAGCAUGGCGAGGGUAAUCUUGUUAUCGCCCUGGGGACAAAGUCGAUCAACGUGGGUCCUCGAGAUACUGCAAACAGUAUCUUCUUUUUUUUUUUUCCUUCUUUUUGUGUGUAUUCAUGAUUCGAAAACUACAGUUUUACUUUCUUAUCUAGUUUUGCCACGAAAUUUAAAGAAAGAGAGAAUACCGAAUUGUAAGAUAUUUUGAGACGAGAAUGUUUCAUAGCUUGUGUUGUUAUAUUUUUUACUUAAUUGUUAUUGUUUUUCAGAAUUAUAUUUUAAUUUAUUUAUGUUUAAAUCUCUUUGCAAAAGAAAUUGAAAGAAUCAUUGCUUCUUGUCUCAAUUUCGUCUCGAAACGUCAAAUGUUAUUUUUGUUAUCGUAUUGAAACAAAGUUGAGAUAUAUAAAUCACAGUGGAAUCUUGAACCUUUGCCGAGAUGUUUCUCUGAAACGCUGGCAAGUUUUUUAGCAUCGGCUCUCGCGAAACGUAAGUGGAUUUGAAACACUCCUCCAGGCUUUCUGAGAGAUAAUUGCAAAAUAAUUGCGACGAAAAAGUGAAAGUGAUACAUACAAAGUGAACAAAGAAAAAAAACUCGCAAAGCCGAACACCCUGCAUUCGAUCAAAAAAAACAAAAAAAACAAAAAAAAAAAACAAAAAAAAACAGUUCGUUAUCACUAUUGAAAGACUAAUUCCUUCUUUUCGAAAACCAAUGAAAGCUCUGUACAAAAAAAAAAAAAAUAUUAUUAACAAACAUGUA